CAGCGGCCCGUGGCUCCCCAGGGCCAGCAGGCCGAGGGCUCCGUGUUCAGGUGCAGAUACUGCUGCUGGCUAACGGCGCUGGAGGAGCUCGGCUGGAAUAAAGAGUGCGGGAGGCGGCAGGGGCUGCCCCGAACCGAGGGAGCGGCGGGAAGCCAGGCAGGAGGAGCAGGAGGAGCAGAAGCAGGAGGAGCAGGAGGACGAGGAAGAGGAGGAGGACAGGAGGAUGCCGGCACUGAGCGCGUUGCCCUUCCUGAGGCCGGCGCAGCUGCGCUCGCCCCGCAGCCCGCCCGGGGGCCAGCGCCGGCACACGCUGCCCGCCAGCGAGUUCCGCUGCCUCGGGCCCGGGGACGCCGCCAGCGUGUUCGAGAUCGAGCGCGAAGCCUUUAUAUCGGUUUCUGGCGACUGUCCCCUGCACCUGGAUGAGAUCCGACACUUCCUGAACCUGUGCCCGGAGCUGUCCCUCGGCUGGUUUGAGGAAGGGCGGCUCGUGGCAUUCAUCAUCGGCUCCCUCUGGGACCAGGAGAGGCUCAGCCAGGCAGCCCUGACCCUGCACAAGCCGCAGGGCUCGGCCGUGCACAUCCACGUGCUGGCCGUGCACCGCACCGUGCGCCAGCAGGGCAAGGGCUCCAUCCUGAUGUGGCGCUACCUGCAGCACCUGCGCUGCCUGCCCUGCGCCCGCCGCGCCCUGCUCAUGUGCCAGCCCUUCCUCGUGCCCUUCUACCAGAAGUGCGGCUUCCAGGCGCUGGGGCCCUGCCAGGUGACCGUGGGGGACCUGGCCUUCGUGGAGAUGCAGCACGCCGUGCGGGGCCACGCCUUCAUGCGCAGGAACAGCGGCUGCUGAGCGCCCCGGCAGGGGAGGCUGCGGCCCCUCUCCAUGCCCGGAUCCAUCAUCCCCGGCUGGCCCUGGAUACAGCUGCUCCCUCUGCCACAUCUGCCUUCCAGCCACACCAGCCUGGCCCCAUCCCAUCCCUGCAGGCCUAAGCGCAGGAAUUCCUGCUGGAUCCUGCUGCAAGCAUCAGCUCCCUGGGCUCUGCUUUAGCCAGGGCUGGGCACAGGAGUUCCUGCUGGAAGCAUCAGCUCCCUGGGCUGGGCACAGGAAUUCCUGAUGGAUCCUGCUGGAAGCAUCAGCUCCCUGGGCUCUGCUUGAGCUGCCCUGGCUGCAGGGCCAUGAGCUCUCUGGGAUGGAAGGCUUUGCCCUGGGAAUGGCUGGGGGCUCUGCUGGUCUGAGGACACUUCCACCCACCAUGGUUUGCUGAGACACCCAGCAGAGCCCCUGCAAACACGUGCCCCAGCCUGGCACCCUCCCACCAUCACCACCACCACGAGUGGAGCACACCAUGGCCAAGCCCUCCCUGAGCAGCCCCCAGGCCAGGCAGGGGUUGUGGCAGCCACCCCCUGCCCCCAGCCAUCCUUCCAGCCCCUUGGAGCACAUUCCCAGCCCACAGCCACGCUGAGCUGCACACUGCAGAGCCUCCCCAGGGAGCCAGCCCAAACCAUUUGGUCCUCCCUGUCCCAGACCCACAGGACAAGCCUUUUGCAAACAAUUCAGGUUGUUGGAAAGCAGCAAAUAAAGAU